AUGGGUGGUCUACGUCUUCUCGAUGCGGUUCUUCAUGCAAGGCAACACAUUCAGCGCUGGUCGGCAGCUUCGAAGCACGGUGCUUCUUCUUGCAGAUCAGGGCACUUUGCUGUGUAUGUUGGUGAUGAUGAGGAACAAAGGAGGAAGAGGUUUGUGGUUCCUAUUUCCUACUUGAAACACCCUUUGUUCAAAGACUUGUUGAACAAGGCAGCUGAAGAGUUUGGAUUUGAUCAUGGAAUGGGUGGUCUAACUGUUCCCUGUGAUGAGAAGGAUUUCAUUGAUCUUACUUCUCGAAUUAGUGAAUCCUCAAAGUCAACGCCUAGCUUAUUACUAUAA